AUGCCAGUCACUGUGAGAGCAUUGCCGACAGCUACACUAUCUGUAGGACCAGAGAGCCCUGUGCACACUGGAGAGACAGCUGUUGUGAUCCUGCAGCCUGAUAAACAGACAUUCAGAGGAGAGACUGUCACUCUCAGAUGUCAAAUACAGGGAGAGAGAGACACUGACUGGGAAUACAGCUGGUAUAAGAAGAGUUCUUCACUCAGUCCUGUCAGUAAAGAUCAGGAAUACACAAUCAGUCCUGUUAAUGAGUCCCACAGUGGUGAAUACACCUGUAGAGGAAAACUCAAAAGAGACUCACAGAACUCAGAGAUGAGUGAUGCUGUAACACUGACUGUGUCAUCAGGUGAGUUCAUGUCUCCUCCAGCCUCUCUGAUCAUCAGUCCCAACACAACUCAACGCUUUACAUCUGACUCUCUCUCACUGAGCUGUGAGGUACAGAGUAACUCUACUGGAUGGACAGUCAGACGAUACACAGAUAAUGGAGAGGUGUCAGACUGUUCAUCAGACUGGGGAUCAGUAACAGGAUCUACAUGUAGCAUCAGCUCCCUCCAGUCAUCAGACAGUGGAGUGUACUGGUGCCAGUCUGACUCUGGAGGGAACAGUAAUCCUCUCAACAUUACAGUGACCAAUGGUGAUGUGAUCCUGGAGAGUCCUGUCCAUCCUGUUACUGAGGGAGAUACUUUGACUCUGCACUGUAGAUAUCGACAUGACUCCUCAGACAUCAGAGCUGAUUUCUAUAAAGAUGGAUUAGUCCUCCAGAAUCAGACUACAGGAGAGAUGACCAUCCCUACUGUCUCAAAGUCAGAUGAGGGUCUGUAUUGGUGUAAACACCCAGAGAGAGGAGAGUCACCAAAGAGCUGGAUCACUGUCACUGUCACUGUCAGGGGUGAGAUAAAAGCCUCCCACUCUCUCCCCAGACUGCUCUGUUCUCUACUGGUUGUUUCUCCAUAUCUGCUGGUGACCAUUGUGAUCGGGGUUAAAUGCUGGAGGGCUGGAGCUCAGUCUCAUGAAGACAAGAGACAAUAUGCAGUCAAAGAAACAUAA